AUGAUUCCUGGCAUCAAUAAACCAUUUGUAGCCUUAGCAGAUGCCACCGGAGGAUCAAUCGACGAGUUGAAGCUCAUAUUCAGCUUCUUGCUGUCAUAUCCGCUGGCCGCUGUUCUCAAAAGGAUACCAGACCGUUCACCAUGGAUCAAGAACAUCUUCAUCAUCGGAGUGUCCUUGUUCUACCUAGUAGGACUAUUCGACUUAUGGGGUGGCUUACGGACCAUGUUCAUUGACGCAGCUGCGACAUAUAUCAUUGCGUACUAUAUUGACGGCAGUCUCAUGCCAUGGAUUGGAUUCGUGUUCCUCAUGGGACAUAUGUCCAUUAACCAUAUCCGUCGCGAGAUGCUGGCUGACCCUUCCACAAUUGACAUCACUGGCGCCCAAAUGGUCGGGCUCAUGAAGCUAUCUGCAUUCUGUUGGAAUGUCCAUGAUGGGCGUCUCCCAGAGUCUGCUCUAACAGACUCACAAAAGUCUCGAGCGUUGAAAGAAAUGCCACCCCUGCUGAAGUAUACGGCCUGGGUCAUGUUCUUCCCGUCUUUCAUGGUCGGCCCCGCAUUCGACUACGCAGACUACAACAGCUACAUCGACACAAGUAUGUUCGCGACUGCUGCUGGACAGCCAGCUCCGCCGACCAAAAAGGCCCGCAAGAUUCCUCGAUCAGGUCAGCCAGCUACGAUUAAAUGCUUGACAGGUUUGGCCUGGCUUGGAGCUUACCUAUAUUUGAGUCCCUACUACAACAACGAUGCGGUGACUUCUCCAGACUACAUGGAUUACUCCCUCAUCAGACGCAUUUUCAUGCUCUAUGCCCUCGGCAUCACAACCCGCACCAAGUACUACGCCGUCUGGACCCUGACCGAAGGCUCCUGCAUCCUCUCCGAAAACGUGAACCCGCUCCAGAUCGAACUCGCACAAAACUCCCGCGGCUAUCUGGAAGGCUGGAACAAGAACACGAACCACUGGCUGCGCAACUACGUCUACCUCCGCGUCACGCCUGCCGGCAAGAAACCCGGGUUCCUCGCCAGCCUCAUGACAUUCGGUACCUCCGCAUUCUGGCACGGCUUUGCCCCGGGGUACUACCUCACCUUCAUUCUUGCUGCCUUCGUUCAGACGGUAGCCAAGAAUUUCAGACGGUACAUCCGUCCAUUCUUCCUCGCUCCACCAAAGGACGAAUCCGACCGAAACCCGAACGCUCUACCCUCCAAACGCUACUACGACUUCGCCUCCUGGUUCGUCACGCAGAUCGGCUUCUCCUUCGUCACGGCGCCCUUUGUCCUGCUCACCCUGCACGACUCAAUCAUGGUGUGGGCGCGCGUCUACUUCUACGUCCCCGUCGCGGUUGCGCUCUCCAUCGCCUUCUUCUCCCCACAGCUGCCCUUCAAGAAGAUGAUCCUCAAAAAGCUCGAGGCCCGCAAUCAACGACCACACCCACUCACCCGGUCGCACUCCCACGACACGCUCAAUGCGCCUACACUGCUUGGCCUGCCACAUGAUCCGGCGGCAUCCAUCGAUGAAGCGAUUUCAGAUAUCCGGUCGGAAGUUGAGGCUAGGCGGAGGCGAGGAAGUGUGGGCGCAUCUAUGCCUACAGGCGAAGAGCUGAAGAAGAUGGUGGAGUCGAAGAUCGGACAGGGAUUCAAGAUCGAACAGGACAAAUCGACAGGGAGGAUAAGGGUCAGUGUCGGUGGGGAUUCGGCAACGAUUGCGGGCGAUGCGUUGAAGAAAGAGUUGUGA